AUUUUAGCUUCCAUGAGGACAAUAACAUCCUUUACAUAUGAAUAUAAUAUAAAAUGCUGCGUUGAUCAGUCAAUAGUAAAACACAAUAAUUCAUCUGAAAAGCAUUAUAUAAAUAUUUAAUAGUAACAUAAUAUACUUAUACAAAAAAAAAAAAAAAAAAAAAAAAAAUGGAUUCUUCAACAAUAACAGAACGGCGUCAGCUACAACAUGAAGAAUCGGUCACACUAAAAUCUGCAAAGCAAGCCGUAGAAAUGGAAGAAGACAUUACCCACAGCAAAGAUGAUACAUUCAAAAGCAGCUCGUUGUCUGUUAACGAACAGAGUACGCUACACAAACCAUGCGAUUUAUUACGUUGUUCGAAUACAAAUGUCACACAGUGCUGCACUACAUCACAGAUCAAUUGUGUGAAACACAACUUAGAGAGGCGUUGUUGUGAUCAACGGCAAACACAAUGUUACAGCCAAAACACUGGCCGUGAAACAGUGGUGACAUUAGAACCCUAUCAAAGGGGCAACUGUGAAAGGACGUACACUAAAAUGGUUGAAACUCCCUCUAAGGAUACUAGGAAGCGCCGGGGCUUAUGUCAGUACUUGUGUACGUCCGUGACCUCAUGUCUGCUGUCGUGUUUGGUCGUCAUACCGAUCUGUGUGGUCCUAAUCCGCUCGAGGACCAAUGAACAUAUUCUUGUAGAGGAACAGCCAGAACCACUCAGGGAAUCACCAGUGCGUCAUGUUGCAGAGCCAUUUAUUGGCGGUGAAACAGCGAGGGUGGGUCGAUUUGAGCUGAACCAAAGUGCGGUUUUCCACGAUAACAAGAUCCGAUGGCUUGCCUCAUCUGUCUCGAGUUCCGCGGGCUUCCAUGCGAGCGAGGACGACUCGUGCGUGUCCGUACCUGACUCCGGCCUUUACCACGUGAUCUCCCAGCUCACAUUCGCCUUCGAAAACGAUACCGUCAGGAUGGCCGGGCAUUCUAUCACCUCUAGGCAGCGCGGCACGAUUGACGAGUCCAUGAUCCAGAAGAAACUCAUGUCGCUGCCGUACAGGGACCCGGCACUGAACGUUCACCAGAAGAUCUACAUGCCCAGUAAUUUGCUGGUGUUUGUGGAGGCUAAUGCUGGUGACUGGGUGUGUGUUCACACGAGUGACGUCGAUCUAGUCUACGCGUCGAGCGUCGACAAUGUCCUCAGUAUUUACAAACUCUAACUGUAAACGUAUCGUCGUAUUUUCCGAAAAAAAUACGCCACUUGUUUUGCCACAAACUGUUAUAGAAACCGAAUAUAAAAUUAGCCAUAUUCCAGCAAUAUUAAUUGUUUACAUAUACCAAUGCAAAUUAUGAUGCUCUCAGGUUGUAUACAUUAUUUAUUUUAUUUAUUUAUAUACAUUUUGCAAUUUGACUGUGAAUUAUGUUCAUAUUAUGCUUUCUGGAUGGAUGUUUUAUUUAUUUAUUUAUUUUGAACGUUAGUAAGUCAGUUUACUUCUAUUUAUUCGUUCGUAGUUGAUUUAAAUGUUUUAAUUUGUGAAAAAGUUAUGUGAACAGAAAGUGCUCAUUUAUAUUUUACGGAAAUCAGUGUAUACAUAGAUAUUAAUCUUUGUAAUAAAUAAUGAUAAUAGAAUAGUUGUGCUAUGAAAUCCGAAUGAAAAAAAGUCCCCCUCCGCCUGAUAAAAAGGUGUGUGUUUAAUUAACCUACUUACUUGCGUGUAUCAAUUUUACUUUCAUGUCUUACCGGACGGGAGAGAAAGACGCCAUUGUACAUAAAUAGCAUGCAUCUUGAUACCUGUUUUAAAAUAAAUACAUGAGCAUCGCAGUUAAGGUGGAAAAAACAAGAGUU